AUUAAUUUAAAAUUAAAAUUUAUCUUAUUAAAAUUUCACUUACACCAUAUAAAUACUAAAUUUUGAAUUAUGAUCUUAUAUAAAUACUGGAUUGAUGAUUUAAAUACCUGAAAAUAAUACUAGAUAUAAUCUUGCAUCACUUUUAGAUAGAAAAACAUAUAAUAUUUCAAUUUUGUGGACUUAUUAAUUUGGUGUAAAAUUUUGGUUCAGUUAAAUUAUAUUCUUCGUAGAUGUAUAAAAAAUCAAAUUAAUUUAUCUUCAAUAUGUUGGACGUUGUAUGUACUACAGUAAAUGGUGGAAUUCCUAUAUUUUACAGAAAAAAAAGUUCAAGUGAUCCUAUUCCAUUUUCUACACUGUCUACUUUGAAUGCAAUUGUAACAUUUGCUGAAGUACAAAAUGUGUUAUUUCAAAACAUUCACACUGACAAACAUGUUUUUAUUUGGCAUAAUAUUGACAACAGAUUGAUCAUUGCUGGUAUUAGUAAUUUGAAUGAUUCAAUUGUGACUUCAUGUUUAGAACUUAUAUCAAAUUUAAUAAAAAUUAUGGUUGGUGAAGAAAAUCUUAGCAUCAAGAAUAAUGAUAGAUUAAAACGAGAAAUAAAGCCAUGUAUUCCUGUGAUUGAUUAUUUAUUAAGUAUAUUAAAAUCAAAAUCAAUUGAUAAAAGUUUAUUGAGCCAUCUUGAAGUACAAUCUUUGAAGGAAAAUAAAGUAAUACAUAAUUGUUUGUACAAUUGGUCAGAAAUAAUUUGUAGUGAUCUAUGUUGGAUUAUUGUUGACAAAAAAAUUUGUGCUGCCACAAAUGAUUGGUGGAAUUUACAUAUAACUGAAAGAAAACUUUUGUCUCUUAUCAUAUUGAGUAAUUGUUAUGAAUUAAACACAUCUGCAGAUAUUCCCAUAUUUUUACCGCGUUUAUAUCAGAAAUCUCUGUUGCGGCUUGUAUGUUGUAUGAUUGUUCAAGGUGUAUGGAUAGCAGCUAUUUGUGGGCCAAAUCCUAGUUUAGACAAUAUUGAAAUAAGUGCAGCUAAAUCUUUUAGAUCAGUCAUAAGUCAUUUUAGACCAAACUAUUCAAAAGCAGAAUUAACUUCUGGUUACAUUAUUAUUAAUCCACAAAUGACACAAUUUAUACAAAAUUACUAUAGUACAACUACUGAUGUACAAAAUAUACUUCAACACUUUUAUGAAACAAUAGUAUCAAAAUUUAUAAAAGACAAAAUAGUUGCAAAUGAAGUAUCAAGUGUUACUAAAAAGUAUCAUUUAUAUGCAAUUAUUUCAAAUGAACUUAUAAUGUGUUUUGCUUAUUCGAUAAAACAUAGUUUAUUAACAAUUAGACAUUAUGCAAGACAAACUUUUCAACAACAUUUGAUGGAAGUAACCAACUAAAACUGUGUUUUUAUAUUAUGCAAAGAUUGUAAUUAAAUUAUACACAUUUCUUUGAUAUUUAUUAUUACUUUAUAUAUUUUCAAAAGAUUUAUAUAUUUUUUAUUAAUUAUAAAAGUAUUAUUGCAAUAUUGAUAUUGAAAUAAAGUUAUUUUGAUAACAAUGCAAAAUGAUCUUAUUUUAAAGAUACUUUAAAAUAAAAUAUUAUUAGUUCAUUUCCAAAUAUUCAAACAAAAUGUAUGGUUGAUAUUUUGAAAGUGUUUCUAUGUGACUAUAUUUAACACUAUGUAUAAUUGGUAUACUAUGCUUACAGCUACUUAGUUAGUUUAUGUCUGUUAAAAAUUAUCUAAAAUCCUAAAAAUAAUAACUGACGCUGAAAUAAUUUUCAGUAUAAUCACGAUCGGGCAUAAAGAUGGCCUGAUAUACACCCGUAUUAACAUCAUCACUGUUGUAAAACAUUUCGAUGAUUUAAAAAGUUUGGUAAAUUUUUUUUAAUGGUGAGGAUGUUUUUUUAUUGAAAGAAAGUCUGAAUCACUACGCUCCCUGAGUUGAUUAGUCGUUUACGAAAAUAUUUUUUGGGCUAACACAGAUUUCACAAAGAUACUUCAUUAUAGACUCAACUGUUUUAUUCCCAUAGAUCUAUGUGUAAUUUCUAAUAAUCGAUAGAAGCUAUCAUUGCAAUCAGCUGUUCACCACAAUUUUGUUAAUAGUUUUACCACGUCACCACGAUAUUAGUUUUACUUGUUUCGGCAAGUGGCGGUAUUUAUCAAAAUAAUUGAGCCACAUACUUAAUUUUAAAUUAAAUGUUUAGAGGAAUUUAAACAUGACGAAAUAUACUAUUCCGUAGUGUUAAUUAAAUACAAAUUUAAUUACCUUCAAAUAUUAAUAAUUUUUUUAAAUUGUAAACAUUUACUUAUGUUACUAUAAUUUACAUUUUUAUAACUAUAUUUAAGUUAUACUAUUUUUAAAUCUUAUUAUGUUUUCUUUGAUUAUGUGUAAAUUUACUUUUGUAAUUCUUUAUUUGUCCCAUAUUUCAUUUGGACAGUAUGCUCCACCAGGUGUUAAUCCCCAACUGUAUCAACAACAACAACAACAAGUACCAAUUCAACACCUACCUCCAAACCAAAAUAUUCCUCACCAGCAAAAUUUACAACAUCAACAACCUCUUCAAUCUCAGCAAUCAGUAAUCAUCUAUUAGCCAUGUUAAUCAAGGUCAAGGAUAUGAACAUCAUCAACCUCACCAUCAACAACAAGUUUUGCAUUCAUCUAAUAUGGCCGAAGAAAGCGA